AUGUCUCCUCAACUAAAUAGCUAUGUAUCAUGCUUGUGGCAAGUGAUGAUGAGCCACAAGAUGAAAGACGAGAUUAGUCUCGUGGUUGUCACCAUUUCUCUUAUAUUCGUCUUGGCUAUAUUACGCUAUAGCUACACACUCUCAAACCGUGCACCACCAUUACCGCCAGGUCCUCGUUCCUUUCCGAUUGUAGGCUACCUUCCGUAUCUUCGCGGUGGUCAGUUACAUACACAGAUCACCGACAUGGCUCGCACUUACGGUCCCAUCUUCAAGGUCUGGUUGGGAGCCAAGCUUUUUGUUGCAGUAAACAGCCCGGAACUAGCAAAGGAGGUGGUUCGUGACCAUGGUGAAAACUUUGCUAACCGCUUUACCCCAAUCGCAGCCUCAAUAAGCACUUACGGAGGCCAAGAUGUAGUAUGGUCCAACAACACCCCCACCUGGCGUAAACUUCGUAAGUUAUUAGUCCACGAGGUCCUAAGCAGCAAGAAUCUUGAAGCAUGUAGGUCUUUCCGAAAGGAUGAAGUUAGAAAGACCAUAAAGAAUGUUUAUAGUAACAUGGGGACCACGAUCAACCUUAACGAAAUCUCUUUCUCGACAGAGGCCAACGUUCUAACAAGAAUGGUUUGGGAAAACUCAUCAGACACCCCUAGUGGAGCUGAGUUUCGGAUGGUGGUUUCAAAGAUCCUUGAGAUUAUCGGAAGACCGAAUGUGUCUGAUUACAUCCCUAGUCUUGCAUGCUUUGAUCUACAAGGUGUUGAGCGGGACAUCACGAGGGAAAUCAAGAAGUUGGAUCAAAUUUUCACGAUCAUUAUUGACGAUCGAAUCAAAUCCAACUCCAAGAAACCAGAUGUUGCAAUUGGGCAUCAUGAAGCUGGAAAGAAAGAUUUUUUACAAAUCUUAUUAGAGCUCAAGGACCAAAAAGCCGGUGCAACAUCUGUUGAAAUCACCAACCUUGACAUAAAAGCACUUCUCACUGACAUUAUGAUUGGAGGAACAGAUACAACAACGUCGCUCAUAGAGUGGACAAUGGCAGUGAUUAUGCAAAAUCAUAACAUCAUGGCAAGGGUUCAAGAAGAAUUAACACAGAUUGUAGGAAAAAACAAUAUUGUCGAAGAAUCUCAUAUUUCAAAACUAAAAUACCUAGACGCAACUAUUAAGGAAACGUUGCGGUUGCACCCAGUGUUCUCUCUCAUCCCACGGUCAUCGAGUCAAACUUGCAUCAUAGGUGGGUACACCAUCCCAAAGGGUUGUAUUCUCGUUCUGAAUGCUUGGGGAAUCCAUCGGGAUCCUCGAUAUUGGCACAAUCCAUUGGAUUUUAAUCCUGAGAGGUUCUUGGAUCAUGAUGGGACUGACAAAUACGAUUUCAAAGGAAAUAAUUUGAAGUUCAUCCCAUUUGGUUCGGGGAGAAGAUUGUGUCCAGGUGUUCCUUUGGCCGAGAAAAUGCAAAUGUAUAUCUUGGCUUCACUCUUGCACUCGUUCGACUGGAGCUUGCCUGAAGGUGAAAACCAUGAUCUCUCACAUACAUUUGGCAUAAUGCUAAAGAAAAGAAAUCCACUUAUGGCUAUCCCAUCACAAAGGUUGCCUAACGUCAGCCUCUAUAUGUAA